UAGAGCGGAGAAACUCAGCUGUCUAUUGGUUUGGCAACUCCAUGUUUUGUUGUAAUUGGAUGACUGAACUAGAGAGACAUUUUACCCGCCUCGUUUCUUAGGCUACAUAAGCUUUGUGCAACGCAUGUGUGGCAGAAAACAAUCAUAGCUUUACCUACCUAUCGCUACACUCUGAUUACUUUUGUAGAAAGUCACAACUUUAGACCACAAUCAAAGAAACCAAUGGAUCUAUCCGCGGGAAUACAGAAAAUGUCAGUGGGACAGCCUACAGUUGGUGGUGCCAUGAUGUGCCUGACGUGUAAAGGGGUCUGCACUGGAUUUCAGCCGCAUUCCUGGAGGAAAGCCUGCAUAGUGUGCCACUGCAGCCAAGAAGAACAUACCCCUAACUCUGACUUGGAGGAUGACCGGAAGAUGGGCUGCUUGCUGGCAGACUCUCAGUAUAGUCACCUCACAGCCAAGGUCAAGGGUGGUGAUGGCUUGCGUGUGUACAAGCGCAACCGCAUGAUCAUCACCAACCCAGUGGUGUCACGCAAAGACCCCACCUUCCACACGAUCACCUAUGAUUGGGCCCCUCCAGGCCUCACACAAAAACUGGCUAUGCAGUAUAUGGAGCUGCUUCCUGAGGAGAGACGUCCAGUGGCAGGCACUGAGGGAGCUAUCCAUCGUCGUAGGCAGUUGGUGAGGCAACUCCCUCUCCAUGAUCAUGAUCCUUUGCACUGCCACAACCUGUCUGAUGCAGAACUGCAGGCCAUGGCCACCUUUGUGAAGAACUUUAAGGAGCAGGUUUUAGGUGUGGGGGAGGUAUCUCUGCCUGGGGAGAGGGAGAAGGCACAGGAGAAGAGUGAAUCUCCUGCAGAACCAGCUCAGACGAUACAGCCCAUUACCAACGGCACUUCGGAGAAGAGUGAUAAGAAAAGUGAAUAUAGGUGCAGUGGCUGUGGGGAACUGGCAGCAGAGGACAGUCUGGUGGUGUAUGCUGAGAGGGCUGGUUACCAGAAGCUGUGGCACCCCACCUGCUUUAUAUGUGCAGAGUGUGGGGAGGGGCUGGUGGAUCUGGUGUACUUCUGGAUAAACGGAAGACUGCUGUGUGGACGCCAUUACGGCCAGAGUGGGAGACCCCGUUGUCCUGGUUGUGAUGAGCUGAUUUUCUCUGAGUUGUAUCAUAAAGGAGAAGAUGGGCAGUUAUGGCAUAAAGAGCAUUACUGCUGCUGGGAAUGUGGUCAGAAUCUCAACACUCCAUGUGGUUGUGCCAACAGAAAACUUAGACCUGUCUGAACGGCUGCUCAAAUAAACGUAGAUGUGUCCAUCUGAAUAAGCCUUUCAACUCAGCCUGUUAAUCAACAAUUAUCCUGUUGUCUCAUCCCAUAUCCAUUACAAAACUCAUGACUGUUUAAUGCAUUAAAUGCAAAACAGCCUCUUACAAACGGCUCUUAAAUUCAUCUGAAUAAGCCCAUGCCAGCCAUAGGAAACGUAAGCCCAUUUAAACAUGAUUUGUUUUUACCAUUUCGGGAGGAAUUUGUUUCUAUUUGAAGAAUGAGAAGCCCUACUAUGCAGAUGGAUUGGAUAUAUCUUAUGUAUUUCUCUCUUUCAGCCUAGCCUAUAGCCAAUAUAACAAUUCAUCUGAGUACCUUGUGGAUAUAGCUCACUGAUUCUUGAGAUAAGGGACAAAACAUGUCCCCCGUCUUUAAGUUGUAGUUUUGCGCUAAAAAUUUACAAAUUAAUCAUUUAAAAAUACUUUAGAGGUUUAGUGUAUUAAUGUAAAGGACCAUGUUUACUUAUGACAUCAAUUUCACAUAUUUUAUAUAUUUUCAUUGGAAUGGCUUAAAAUACGGACCCUUUACCCUGAAAGACAUGCAGUUUAGCCUGUCCUCAGCAAGAGGUCACAAUGUGAAACUGCAAAAACAAGUGUAAUGCAUAAAUAUAACUAAAUGAAUUGAGUGGUUAGACAAAAUGUCACAUAAUACAUGAAGUGAACUUAACAUCAUUAUUACACAUAAACACUGCUAACCAAAGGUGUGUCUUCACUUCAUGUCAACUCUUUGCACCUCUUACUUGUGGUGCAUGUAACUGUAGGACACAUGGUUUCAUAAGAAACAGCUGCCGUCACAGCUUAUGUGUGUCAACACCAUCUUCCAAAUAUGACACCAUUAGUUUAAAAUUUUGGAAUAAAUGUUGACAUUUUGUGUAGGAAACAGAUUGCUACUGAGGAAAAACUAAAUGGCUCCAGAGAGCAAGUCAUGGACAUGAACAUCAAGUUUUUAUGUAAAAAACAUAUAAUUUUGUCAACUCCAUCAGGCAUCAACUCCGUCAGAUUGUACGUUGUUUACGCUGAAAGAGUUGAAAAGUGCUCCCAAAAACUCUUAUGUAAUGUAUAACAACCACAAACAAUAAUUAUAAGUUCAUAAAGUUAGAAGAGGCCAUGGAACAAGUGUCAGUCAAUUAAAUCAAAUAACCAUCAGGUGUAUAAUAAGCUAAAGGAGGUAACUAUGGGGUGUUAUGGGGUGUUUUGGAGCCUGACACAAAGUAAUGUCCCAAAAAUCUCACUUAGCUGUUGUGGAGCGUAACUUAUGCCCUUGCUUGCAUAGACUAUGACAAGGCACUUCAAUAUGUGUGUUAACCUUGGUUUGUCAACUGCGUCAGACUUUGUCAACAUAGGAGCACACAAGGCUGCAAAUGUUCUUGUCUUCCUUUUCCCCUUUAAUGUUCAUUCUAGAACUAGGCAGAGUACGCCAACACCGAACAAAUGUGCUACCUCUACCUCUUGGGAGGCUUGGAAUUUCUAUUUCAAUUUAAUUUCACUUAGAGUGCCAAAACAUUACACAUGUCUCAUGGCGCUUUACAGAGUGUUAAA